AUGUUCGUGAUUGAACCGCUACAAAACGCUAUUAUCAAUGCUAACUUUACGGAUGGCAUGAGAGUCGACGAAAUAGUUAUAAAUGAGUACAGUAUUUCGGAGGAGCACUGCUAUCCAACAAUUUUAAAAGCUAUAAAAUCAAUUUUUGCACAUCUUCUUGAUUCUGAGAUGCAGUUCUACUUUCUAAAAUUCUUCUGGAAGCAUUUUUGCUCAAGUAUUCGAGUUUUCUGCGAAGGAAAACAGGAGCAAAAGCUGCGUAAUUUACUUUUUUCUUUUCCAGAAGUGCCGUUUUAUAUCUUUUGGAGAAUUCGAAGUGCAAGAAGUGUGAGGAUCACACUUGUUAAUUAA